AUGGCAUCCGUCCCGAUGAGGAAGGAGCCACCCUCCCGCCCGGUUGCCUGCUCGCCAGGAGAUGGGUUCCUUCGAACACUUUUUGAUCAUCUUGACCAUCCCUCAAGCCUUAACCAGACUGCAACGUCGCUCUUUUUGUUCCGAUAUUCCCCCACAGUCAGGUUCAGUCACUUCCUGAGAAGAUCGUGUUGUGGGGAAGCUUUCUGGCAGGCAGUUCAAGCUUGGGUCAAGUAUGCUCGAACUCGGCGAGUAUUACGGUCGUUUACAGCAUCGUAUCUGAGGAGACCGCUACGGACAGAGGAUCCCCAGGCGUGUUUUGUUCAGGAUUUGAACGAGCGGAGGUGUUUUUCAAGGGCUAAAAUGUCGGAAGUUAUCUACACAGUCCUUUUCCUUGCGAGGGAUUCCAGUUGGUCGGUGUACACCGAAGGGAAACUCGGCAAGACCCUGAAGAAUUUGCGUUCGCAAUAUGUGCGCAAGUAUGGAGCCAUCCGUGGACGAACGCUGGAACUCGCUUUCGUUAAGCCAUCGAAUGAAGAUACACGGGGAUCAAAAUUACAGGACAAGAUUGAAGAGUUAAUGAGUAUCGCUCGAGAAACUGGACAGCCGCCGAUGAUCGUGCACGCCGGUUUUGAUGGCAUGACUACCCGACUGAGCUCGUUUAGGAAGCUAUUCAAUAGCUAUACUGAGAGCGAGAUACUGAUCAGAGUUUGGGCGUCACCCCCCAGGUCAUUGUCGGAUACCCAAGCUCAACUCGCCCGGUUUUAUGGCUUAUCAGUCGCUCAUGUAAUUUCUAUCAUGGAUGGUUUCAGAAACAGUUUGGACGGAACUUUGCGCAUGGUUCAGAAUGCUAUGCUGUACCACGACGAGUGUCUCAUCAUUUCCAGGCUGAAAGAUCUGGAGAGUUUGAUCAAGCGUGAGCGAUACCGGCAUACUCACAACCGAAAUUUGAUCCCAGAAGCUCCCGUGUCCGAUGGAAGUCUGCCUGAAAGUGCUCUGAUGUUGACCGAUGAUGGGCUCGAAGUUGACCCUGCAUUGAACCAUGGAGUAUUUGAAAUUGACCCUGCGUUGACCAAUGGAGUACUCGAAGUUGACCCUGCCUUGAACCAUGGAGUAUUUGAAACUGACCCUGCGUUGACCGAUGAUGGGCUCGAAGUUGACCCUGCGUUGACCAAUGGAGUACUUGAAAGUGCGCCUGUUUUGCUCAAUCCUGAAUCAUCCAAUCUCACAUCCGAGCAUUUUCGCGCAUAUCCUAAUGCGUCCCCAAGUGCUUUCGACGCCGCGUGUCCUGAUAGUAAGGAUAUCGACAGACUCACCGACCUCGUUUCGCUCGCCCGAACAAAUACUGCGCAAUUUGUUGCCGAGUUUGACCCGAAGCAAUAUGAACCUGUGGUUUGUUCGUUCUGUGGUGACUCAUUCCGACCCGAGUACAUCAAAGAUCAUGAAGAUCGUUGCAUCAUCAGCAACGAAGGCAACCGCGUUAUGAAGUGCAGUUUCUGUCGAAAGCCUAUCACGCAGCGCUACCUUGCUGCUCAUGAGCACCGAUGCUCAUCCCGUCAAAGUCAAUACUCUGUGCAGUGUGCGUUCUGUGAGGAACUUAUUGCGCCACAUCACAUACAAUCGCACGAAGCCCUGUGCAUGAUACAGACGGAGGGCCAUGUCCGGACCGAAUGCUUUUGCUGCGGUAAUAUGCAUCCGUGUUACUACAUCACAAUUCAUGAGGCAUCCUGUGUGGUAUCCAAUGAGGCGCAAGCUCCAGUCGAGUGCUCAUUCUGUGCGCAGGAAUAUCGUCAAGACUGUCUGAGCAAACACGAGGCUCUUUGUGUGGUAUCCCUCGAGCGCAAGGUGCCCGUCAAGUGCACAAUCUGUGCGCAAACCGUCCCACAGAAAGAUUUCGAGGUGCAUCAAUUAGCCUGUGUCCAAGGUCCUGUCUCCUGUACUUUUUGUUCAGAAUUGGUUCAACAAGGGGACCUUCGUGCGCAUGAAGUCAGUUGUCUAAGAGGUAUCGAGGGCCAAACUCCAGCCAAGUGCGCAUUCUGUGCGCAGGAAUAUCGUCAAGACUAUCUACGCAUACACGAGCCUCGUUGUGUGGUGUCCCUCGAGGGCAAAUUGCCCGUCAAGUGCACGAUCUGUGCGCAAACCUUCUCACAGACGGAUUUCGAGGAGCAUCAAUUAGCCUGUGUGCAAGGUCCUGUCUCGCGUACUUUCUGUUCAGAAUUGGUUCAACAAGAGGACCUUCAAGCACAUGAAGUCAGUUGUCUAAGAGGUAUCGAGGGCCAAACUCCUAGAAUGUGUGCAUUCUGUGCGCAAGUCUUCUCACCACAGGAUAUCGAGGUACACCUCUUGACCUGUGGCCGAGACGCUGUCGAGUGCCCUCUUUGUUUGAAAUUGGUCGAACAAAGGAACUUCCGUGAACAUGAAUAUCAUUGUCUAAGAGAUAUUGAGGGUAAAAUCUUGACAGAAUGCCUUUAUUGUGGGAAGGAAUGCACGCAUAACUACCUCAACGAACACCAAUCAAACUGCGUGGUAGCUUUCGAGGCAAAACAGCCCGUGAAGUGUUCAUCAUGCGAUCAGUUUUUCCCACAGAAGAGGAUCGACGAACACAAGGCGACGUGUGCUAUUGCCAAUGAGGAUUCAAGUCCUUUCGCUUGCGCAAUUUUGCGGGCGAGGUUUUGA